AUGUCCCAUUCAGUAUUGAUAUUUGGCGGCUGCGGCUUUUUAGGUUGUCACCUUGUCAAACACUUCGUCCAAACCCCGGAAUUUGCUUCUGUUCAUAUUAUCAGCCGAUCAGCUACUCGUAGUAAAUUUCACAUCGACGGAGCCAUAUACCAUACUGGAGACCUCACCGAUCCUGAUCUCAUCAAACGUUUAAUUCUGGAAAUUAAACCCGACGUUAUAGUUCACGCUGCCACUCCCUCUGCAGUCACCGGAACGCGCAAGGAAUAUGAACUAGUAACGAUUCGUGGAACGCAAAAUCUCUUGAAAAUCUCAAAAGACUCCAAAUAUUUGCAGGCAUUCAUCUACACAUCCUCAUCAACAAUGGCCAAAGGUGCAGAACACCUGAAUCUGACAGAAGAUUGCUCUCUCGCCAACGAGGAUCCCCAGAUGCCUCCAUACGCGAGGACCAAAGCCAUCGCAGAAAUCAUGGUAUUAGAAGCCAACAAACCCCUCAAGAAACCCUCCAGAAACUCGUCUUGGGAAGGCCACCUCUCCACAGCCUCUCUUCGCUUCCCGAUCACCUACGGAAGCCACGAUACCCAAGGAAUACCAGGCUGUCUCAACGCCCUCCAAAACCGCCAAACAAACACCAUCCUCGGCGACGGAAAGAAUCUCUGGAGUUUCUGUAGCGUGUUUAAUGCAGCGAAAGCACAUUCCCUCCUUGCCUCCGCACUAUUAAACCCCGACUCAGCCCGUCCAACAGCCGCUGGCCAAGCAUUCAACAUUAAUGAUGGCCAUCCGCGUCUCUUCUGGUCAUAUGCACGCACCGCUUGGAAAUACGCUGGCCACAAGCCUUCCCUGAAUGAAAGAACUUGGUAUCUGCCAGCAGCAGCACUGUUGGUUCUUGCUUCGUUUUUGGAGUGGUUCUACUGGAUUUUCACGAUAAGGAGGAAGAGACCGUUUAAAUUGGGCAGACAGCAGGUUGAGUAUAUGUGCUUUACCCAUACUUACUGUAUUGAGAAGGCGAGGGAGAGGUUGGGGUUUGAACCGGUGGAUGAUUUUGAGGGGGGGUGGAGGAGGCUGUUUUGUGGUCUUUAG